GGGAGAGAAAGCGGGAACGCGGCGGCCAAGAUCCGAUGUGGCGACGUUCACUUUCAUCAUUCGGAUUCUCGGGCCAGGCCCUUCACUCCUGUUUCUUCCCCAGAACGUCCGUUUGCACACGCCCGUUCGCCACCAGCAUGAAGGAGAAGGUCGUCUCUGUGCUCUACAAGGGCGGCGCCGCCGGCCGUGAGAACAAGCGCAUUCUGGGCUGUGUCGAGGUAGGAACGCGCACACACAGCGUCGAUUGGUGUCACUCACUGUGUCUAUGGUUGUGCUGAUUUAGAAUGAGCUGGGCUUGCGCAGUUUUGUGGAGAGCAAGGGAGCUGAAUUCGUCGUGACGAGCAGCAAGGAUUACCCCAACUCGACGCUGGGUGGGUCGAGACUGACAGAUCUCACGCAUGACCGUCCGUCAUUUCUACACUCUACUGCUUGUGUCAACAGACAAGCAUCUCCCGGACGCUACUGUGGUGAUAUCUCAGCCCUUCUGGCCCGCCUACAUCACGGCCGAGCGAGUCGCCAAGGCGCCCAACCUCAAGCUAGCUAUCACAGCAGGUGUUGGCAGCGACCACGUGGACCUCGCCGCUGCAUGCGAGAAGAACAUCACCGUGGCCGGUAAGUCAAAUAGACGGACGGCAGAGGUGACAUGAUGGAUGUACGGUGUGCUGUCCUGCUGCUGUGGUGUCAGAGGUGACGGGUUCGAAUGUGGUGUCGGUGGCUGAGCACGUCGUUAUGAUGAUUCUCUCCCUCGUCCGCAACUACCUGCCCUCCCACGAGAUCGCCACCAGCGGCGGGUGGGACAUCGCCGAGUGCGCCUCACGCGCCUAUGACUUGGAGGACAAACACGUCGGCACUGUGGCCGUGGGUAAGUGGGGGGAGACCUGCCAACGAUCACACAAUACGUAACAGAUACUGGUGGGUCUGAGUGUGUGUGUGCCUGUAGGUCGCAUUGGUCAUCGCGUGUUGAAGCGUCUCGUGCCGUUCGAUGUGCAUUUGCACUACUUUGACCCGUUCAAGCGUCUAUCGCCCGAAGACGAGAAAGCGGUAAGCACGCAACAUGCCCACCGGGGGCUCGCUGGAUUUGCCAUGGCCGCUCUCUCUUUCUCGUGUCAGUUGAACGUGACGUAUCAUGCGACCCUCGAGUCCAUGCUGGCGGUCUGCGAUGUCAUCACUAUCAAUGCCCCUCUGCACCCGAUGACAGAGAACCUAUUCGACAGUGCCAUGAUCGCCAAAUGCAAGAAGGGAGUCUACAUCGUCAACACUGCCAGGUCUGCUCGGCACAUACACACAGCUGCACAGAGACGGAUGCAUGGAUGUCUCCCCCUUUGCAGAGGCAAGAUCGUCAACGCUCAGGCGAUGGCCGAUGCGGUUGCUGCGGGUCAUGUCGCUGGCUAUGCGGGCGACGUGUGGUUCCCACAGGUCCCCACACGUGCACGUCUCUCUCUCUCUCUCUCUCUCUCUCUGUGUGUGUUGAAUCGUUUUUUGACUCUGUGUUUUGGUGUGGGCAGCCUCCACCCAAGGACCACCCGUGGCGCACAAUGCAGUGGAACGGCAUGACUCCACAUUACUCCGGCACCACACUCGACGCACAAGCCCGUUACGCUGCUGGGACGAAGGAGGUCAGGACGAGCACCAAACAUACAGAGGUGCCUGACUGGAUGAUCCACUUGCCCGUUUGUGUGUGUCAGAUUCUUGAGAAUUACUUCGACGGGAAGCCGCAGCGCCAGGAGUACCUGAUCGUCGAUGCCGGCAAGAUCGUAUCACCCGCGUACACUAAGGGCAACACUACCACUGGCGCCAAAUAGACAGACAGAUGCAUACAAGAGACACAGCCGACACACAACCGGUGAUAAUUAGAAUCGGUUCCACACACGCAUGAAUGGUGAAAUGGCAAGGGGGAUCAAAGAAAGGAGGCACCGCAACUCUUCCUUUUUUUUUGGUUUUUGGUGUGUGUUUUUCCAAGUCGGAUGUUUGAAUGGUCUGCUGCUGGAUAGGCCUCCAUUUCUCCAUAGUGUUAUGUAUACAUACACGGUGCUUCACCUGCAUGCCAUGCAUGGAUGCGCUGUACGUGUGCCAAGUUGUGUGUUUUUCUGCCGAUCAACUCGAUCGGUGCACUGCCUGGUGUGUUAUUGAAAGAAAGGUAUGAAUGAAUGAAUGAACGGUCCUCUCACUUGGUUACUCUGGCAACACGCGAUGCGAGAGCAUCGACUUGGCAAAGCGAUCUGUGGAUGUCUCCCUACUUCUUGGGUUUUUCAUGUGUUGGGCGUACUUGCCGUCAACCAGCGUCUCUGAUUACAUACACACAGCACUGCGUCAUUCUGCCGGUGUGCAUGCCUCGCCAGAAUGUGGCUGUGUGGGGACGGGUGAUCGAGAUGCGGGAGGCAGUGGUGGUUCAACAAAACUCACGUGCGCUGACGACGCUGUAGAUUUUCCUCCUUGCAUGUGUCGUGCUGCAUGGAUGAGGGGCAUGCGAGCGACUCUGAGGUACAGUGCAUCUGCUCAUCGACACAUCGAAGAGGCAUUGUUGGCAAAGCGAGAUGAGAACGAUCAGGAGGAGCUGCAUUUACG